UGAUAUCCUAGGGCGUCCUUUUCCUCCCCGUCCAAGUCCAGGGUUCGGCUGGCACGUGACUUCGCCCUCUCACGUGACCCAUCCAAGAUGGCCGCGCCCACAUUACUCCGACAAUGCAGAGGCAUAGUCUCAUUGCUGUACUCCAGUUCUCGAUAUAACAGCAGUUCAACUAGUUCCACUGCUAAUCCUGCAAAAGUUGGUGUUCUCCAAUAUCUCUGCAACCGCUUUUAUGAUAUUGAAACCUUUGUAGAAGUCAGCCGUGCGCUAAAGAAGUGGAAUCUACAUAGAAAUAACAGGUUUUGCAUUGAAGCAUGUGAGCGUUAUGGAUAUGAAGUUGGAGCUGCUGUCUUUGUCCUGAACCUGAAAGGAAGAAUUAGGGCCUGGGGUCAAAAUAACUGGCAUCAGAAUAGUAUCACAAAAUGGAAAGACGACCUGAAUUUUCAAAGACUUGAAGAAGUCCGCUUGGAGGCCAUCGAUAUCAGUGGUUCCAUCAUCAGCUACAAUGGUCUGGAUAACCUAGUCAAUCUGAAAGCCCUGAAAUACCUGGACCUCAGCAGGUGCCCCAACAUUGACGACUGGAGUUUGAGCCGUCUGACUGUCUUCAGAGAUACACUGGAGGAGCUUUCGCUUGCUGGCUGUCCCCAGAUCACUGAGAGAGGCCUGGCGUGCCUCCAUCAUUUUCAAAACCUGAAACACUUGGAUGUCUCAGACCUCCCUUCCGUUCAACACAAAGGGUUGGUUCGGAUCCUGUUGGAGGAGAUGUUACCCCAAUGUGACAUCGUAGGAAUGGGCUAUGGGGAAACAGAGCCACCCGUGGAAGGUGCCACAAACAGAAGGGAAAUGGAGGAGCAUCCAGAAGCAGCCAUUAACUUGAAAGCCCGUGAAAUCCACACUUGAGCAGAGAAAGAGAGGACUUCUUUGCUCAGCCACGACAUGCUCUCUCUGUUUCUUUUUCGCAUUUAGGCAUCACAGAGAUGGCAGAGACAUUUGUCAUUCUAAAGUGGACAAUGGUUAGAGGACAGGGGGCUACAUUAGCCUCCAAGGAGACCUUGGAGGUCUUUAACCCCCCUUCCUGAAAUACAUACAAAAAUUUAAUGCUUCAAACACCUCAGAGAUGUGGGGCCAUAUUGCCACAUUGUUAAAGAGUGCUGGACAAUUUAGGGUCCAGGAGAACCCUAAUUUUUUUAUAAGACAGGAAAUUUGUGUCGUUUUAAAAAAUGGUUUCUCCCAGGCCUAAAGUGGUCCAAAGUGUUCCACAACUGUACCCAAAAUGCCCCCACGCCUUUUAUAAAAUAUUUUUGGGUCUGUAGGUUCUUCAAACAUAAAUUUAGGGAGCCCACAAAAAUUAUCCCGCAGGCCACAUGGAUCUCCUGUUCUGAAGCAAGGUUGAAUCAAUAUUUGACUUGGAAUCUACUGUUAGUUGAACAUCAGCCCUGAAAACAAAACCAGAAAUCUACUUUUGGGUUUUUAGAACUUCGUUUUUGUGGGGUGGGGGAGCACGGGGAGAAUGUGAUGCACAGAACAUGAUGCACACUAUUUUAAAGGAGAAGCGCUUCUUCUUUGUUAACUCUCAUUUUUCAUCCAGAUAAAAGGAUUAACGGUGAAGAAACUGAGGCACAGGAGGUAUAAAAGCAGUUGUGGGGUUGUAUGAAUCCCACUGCUGUUCUGAAAUAUUCCUGGACAGUUAAUUCAUGUGCUUCAUGUACAGCAUCAUAAUAAAUGGAGCUCCGACAGUCA